GCUUUAUGAUGGAUUUUGAUUCUUAUUUAUGUGAUACAAAAUUUUACAACUUUAUACAGGCUCCAUGGUUAUAAGUAUGCCUUCCGUAAAUAUAGAUAUCUUACGAUUUACGACAAAAUUUGUCAGAAAGAUCUUACUCCGGAACCUUGAAAGCAUCAAAAGCGGAGAUAGGUGAAACUAACGUAUUGUUCUUCUUAUCUUGUAUCCCUCAAAGGACAACCUUCAAAAGAAGACUGUACUUAAUUCUCAUACGCAAAAGUAACUAGGCAUUCUCAAUUGUGAUAUAACUAUAAAAAAACCUUAGGAAUUUAAUAUAUUAUUAUAUUAUCAAGAAUGUAAACGGUUAUUGAUGUACCUAUAUGUAUAUAUAUACACAUGCGGAAUAUGUAUAACGAUAAUAAAACAAUUUCUUUCAUUGGCUUAUGAUGAUACAUGAUUGAUAUUUUGGAAGUUGAUUAAAAAUCAUUUUUCAUAUAUAUCUUUUUAAUAAAAAUGGGUUCUGAUUACACACACAGACGAUGGAGUAAUUUAAGAAAAAUUUUGGAAAGAUCUGGACCUUUUUGCAGACCUGACUUUGAACCUUCUUCUGAAACAUUACAAUUUCUUCUGGAAAAUUGUAAAAUACUUGUAAUAGGUGCUGGUGGUCUUGGUUGUGAAUUGCUCAAAGAUCUUGCCCUAAUGGGCUUUAGACAAAUUCAUGUGAUCGAUAUGGAUACUAUUGAAUUAUCUAAUCUUAAUCGGCAAUUUUUGUUUCGCCAUAAAGAUAUCGGCUUAUCAAAAGCUGAAGUAGCUGCUAAAUACAUCAAUUCAAGAAUCUCUGGAUGCAACGUAGUUCCGCAUUGUUGUAAAAUACAAAUGAAAGAUGAAGCAUUUUAUAGACAGUUUCAUAUAGUCAUUUGUGGUUUAGAUUCUAUUGUUGCAAGAAGAUGGAUCAAUGGUAUGCUGUUAUCACUUUUAGUUUACGAAGAUGGUGAAUUAGAUCGUUCAAGUAUUGUACCUAUGAUCGAUGGAGGAACCGAAGGUUUUAAAGGAAAUGCAAGAGUUAUAUUACCUGGAUUAUCAGCCUGCAUAGAGUGUACAUUAGAUCUAUAUCCACCACAAAUUACAUAUCCACUGUGCACAAUAGCCAAUACACCACGUUUACCAGAACACUGUAUAGAAUAUGUUAAAGUAAUACAAUGGCCGAAAGAAAAUCCAUUUGAAUCUGUAAUAGAUGGCGAUGAUCCGCAACAUAUAAAUUGGAUAUAUGAAAAAUCUAGUGAACGAGCAGCUCAGUUUAGUAUACAAGGUUUAACAUAUAGACUUGUCCAAGGCGUAGUCAAAAACAUUAUACCUGCUGUAGCAUCUACAAAUGCAGCAAUUGCUGCAACCUGUGCAACAGAAGCAUUUAAGCUUGCUAGCAGUUGUAGCGCAUCCUUAAAUAAUUACAUGGUUCUUAAUGAUCUGGAUGGAAUUUAUACGUAUACCUAUGAAGCAGAGAGAAAACAAGACUGUCUGGCAUGCAGUCAAUUAGCAAAGGAAAUAGUAAUUACAGAUUCUACAUUCAAAUUGAAAGAUUUAAUAGAAUUGUUAUGUAAUAAACCUGAUUUACAAAUGAAAAGUCCUGGUCUUACUGCCAAUAUUGAUGGUAAAAAUAAAACUUUAUACAUGCAAACAGUUUCAAGUAUCGAAGAAAAAACCCGUGAGAAUUUAUCUAAAACAUUGAUAGACCUUGGAUUAAAAGAUGGUAACGAAAUAAAUGUUGCUGAUGUCACAACACCAAAUGCAAUUUUAAUACGACUGAAAUUUUCAUUUUAAUUUAUAAAAUAAUAUUGACGAUUCUGCAUAUAAAUAUAUUCAAAACAACAGGCUUAAGUGAUAUCGGAGAAAUAAAAUACAAAGUAUAUACUGUAAAAAUAAACGCAUCUUCCCAUUAUUU